AUGGCCAUCGCUCCGAAAAGCCGUGUGCGAGGUGGCUGGCUGAUCGCUCUGAUAACCCUCAUCGAUUCUAUGUCCUCAUGCUGGUUCGGGUACUGCCAGGGCGUCUUUGCUGGCGUGCUCGUUUCGCCAGACUUCAAAGAACAGUUUCCACAGACGAAGAACGGGAACGUCUCCGGCAUCGUCACGAGUUGUUUUCUGCUCGGGGCCUUCUUUGGAGCUAUGCUUGCCUUCGUCUCGGGAGAUAAGCUUGGCCGUAAGAAGACUAUCAUCAUGGGCCACAUUUUGAGCACCUGGGGUGCUACACUCCAGUUCCUCUCUUGGAGCCUGCCGCAGAUGAUAGUGGGACGUGUCAUUAAUGGGGUUGGGGUCGGUAUCACGUCGACUGCAUCUCCAGUGUUUUUGUCUGAGUGUGCUAGGUCCCACAUGCGUGGCCGUCUGCUCAUCAUCGGGGCAUCUUCCAACGUUACCUGCUUCUGCCUAGCCAACUGGAUCAGCUACACCCUCUACUUCCGAGCCGGGCCAUGGCAAUGGCGAUUCCCUCUGGCUCUCCAGCUGAUCUUCCCGUGCAUCAUCUUCCCACUCUUCCCCUUCGUCACGGAGUCUCCUCGGUGGCUGCUACUAAACUUUCGACGCCUCUUGCUUUCCUGCGGGACACAGUUCAUGCAGCAGUUCAGCGGCAUCAAUGCACUAGGCUUCUAUCUACCAACUCUACUCCACGAGAACGUCGGCGGCACCAUCUAUCUCGUGGCCGCAUUCGGCAGCCUGAUCGUGAUAGAUCGAGUUGGACGACGCAAAUUGAUGCUCUUCGGCUCACUGGGCAUGGCUAGCUGUCACCUCAUCUCGGCAUUGUGUCUGAAGGCCGGAGAAGACCACCCUUCGCAGAUGAAAACAGCGAGUCUCCUUAUGCCGGCCAGUUUACCUGAAUACGAGCUGACGUGUUCGAAGUUGGGCAGCGUGGCCGUGUCGAUGUUCAUCUUCUACCACGUCUUCUUCGCGCCGACCUGGGGAGGCGUCCCCUGGGUCUACGCCGCCGAGAUCAACUCGCUCGGCUGGCGAACCCGCGGCGCGGCGGCGGCUACGGCCACGAACUGGAUCAUGGGGUUCGUGGUCGUCCAAUUCACCAAGGUCGGGAUCGACAACCUCCAAUGGCGCUUCUAUCUGAUCUUGGCGGUCAUUUGCGUCUCGUUCUUCCCGAUAGUGCUGUGUCUGUAUCCCGAGACGGCGCGGCGGACACUCGAGGACAUGGAUGAGAUAUUCCUCCACCAUCCUUCUUGGUUCGUCUUGGGGAAUAAAGAGCUCACACAGCGCGAACGACCGCAGGUUUAUGUCGAGGCUGAGGCGCGUCGGAUCGUCAUGGCUCAAGCUCCGGCUGCGGACCACUGA